AUGUCGAAGCCAUUUGACCCCGAGAAGGCCGAGAACCUGGAGGAUAUGGAGAAGCAGUUCGCAGUAAAGGCCGUGGAACACCUGAUGACAUACUGGUCCAUCCUGGAGAAAGUGAAAGGCUCGCAGCUACGCCUGACAAAGAUGGACAAUGAGAUCUACGAGAGCUUCAUGGCCGAGUUUCCCGAUUUUGAUCCCGCCGCCACCAUCGACGAGGAUCAAAUGAAGAGCAAGGCCGGCAAGGAGAAGUGGCGGAAGUGGGUCAAUCAAUAUGAUAAGAAGAUCGAGGACUUCAACUUUGGAACCAUAAUUCGCACUCGUGCCGAUGCAGAGUAUGAUCAGGACACUACAAUCUUCGGUGUUCGCAUGCAAUUCUAUGCUGUUGAGAUCGCACGGAACCGCGCGGGCCUGAACGACUGGGUCUACGAGAAGGCCCAGAAGGCAAGCUCAUGA